AUUAUUGGAGUCUUCAAUUCUUUGGCGAGAGAGCAAUGCUGGUAAGCUACGGAAUCUCAGAAAAAAAGACUCAAAAAAGAGGUCCCCCAAGGUGCUCGGCGAGCCACGAAGAAGUGCGAGAUGGACGCCGCCGGGAAUCCGACCGAGAUGCCUACGGACUCGACAGCGCAUGUGCUGAUCUUUCCCUUCCCAAUUCAAGGUCAUGUGAACGGCAUGCUCAAGCUGGCCGAGCUCCUCUCCAAGACCGGCCUCCACGUCACCUUCCUCAACUCCGACUACAACCACGACCGCCUCAGCCGCAGCUCCAGUGCCUAUGCUCUGCUCGCCCAAAGUCCGAGAUUCCGCUUCGAUUCCAUCUCCGACGGCCUCGCCGAUGAGAAUCCCCGGUCGGCCUUUCGUUUGAUGGAACUAGAGGAGUCUUUGAGGACUCGGUCCGCCGUCCAGUACCGGGAGCUGUUGACCAAUCGUGGCCGCGGAGAUGAUGGAAAAUGGCCGCCUGUGACGUGCGUCAUAGCGGACGGCGCCAUGACGUUCGCGGUGGACAUCGCGGAAGAGCUGGGAAUUCCGGCGAUCGCUUUCCGAACAAUCAGCGCGUGCAGCUUCUGGGCUUACUUCUGUAUUCCCAGGCUCUUGCAGAACGGGGAGCUCCCGUUCCCAGAUGAGGCGGACCUGGACGAGCCCGUCCGGAGCGUGCCGGGGAUGGAGGCUUUUCUAAGGCGGCGGGAUCUUCCGAGCUUUUGUAGACAAGCAGGAGAUGAGGCGGACCAAACCUUCGAGUUCGUGACCACCGUGACCGCUAACACGAAUCGGGCGAGGGCGCUCAUACUCAACACCUUCGAGUCACUGGAGGCCACCGCGCUCUCUCACGUCCGCUCUCACUUUCCCGUGACCUACGCCGUCGGACCGCUUCCCGCUCUGCUGAGAUCGUACGGGUCACACUGCCCCAGCAACCCGGCGGUAUCGCCCACUUCCUCCAUGCCGUCCGCCAGUCUAUGGGAAGAGGACCGGACCUGCAUGACGUGGCUCGACUCCCAGCCGCACAAGUCUGUCGUCUAUGUUAGCUUCGGGAGCCUCACGGUGGUGUCUCAGGAGGCGUUCCUCGAGUUCUGGAUCGGGCUGGUCAACAGCGGGCAGCGGUUUCUAUGGGUGGUGAGGCCGGAUCUGGUGGAGGAGGAGAUGCUCCCGCUGCCAGAAGAGGUGAAGGUGGGGACAAAGGAGAGGGGUUGCCUUGUCGACUGGGUCCCGCAGGAGCAGGUGCUGGCGCAUCCGGCGGUGGGGUGCUUUCUGACUCACAGUGGAUGGAAUUCAACUCUGGAGAGCCUGGUGGCAGGAGUGCCGAUGCUCUGCUGGCCAUUCUUUGCGGAUCAGCAGAUCAACAGCAGGUUCGUCAGCGAGGUGUGGAAGGUGGGGCUGGACAUGAAAGACUUGUGCAGUAGGAGCAUAGUGGAGAUGAUGGUGAGGGAAGUGAUGGAAGGGCAGAGGACCGACGGGUGGAGGAGAUCUGCAAGAGAGAUGGCGAAGAUGGCGUGGGAGAGCGUGGCUGAAGGGGGUUCCUCCCACGCAGACUUUCGAAGGUUGAUCCAACGCAUCAUGUCUCUAAGCUCGCAUGGUGCUUAGAGACAAAUUAGGACCGUGCAACCAUGGCAGAUUAAGAACAGAUUGCAGUGAUAAGUUAUAUUUAGACAGAGAGAGGUGGUGCUCAGGUAACAGGAAAUCUUUCACAAAUAAGUUACAUAGGCGCCACAUGUGUACCUCUCCUGUUGUUGUUGGAGUUUUAUUUUAUGAAAAAAUUUCAAUUGAAAAAAUUAAAAAUAAUUUUAUCUUCUAUUUA